GUGGGGGCUGGCCUGGCUGUCCCGCUCCCACCCUUGCCCCCGACCUCUGGGAAGCUCCCGAGCCCUGAAGCAGCCUGGCCAGGUCAUCUCUGAGCCUGGCUUCCUCCCCUGCAUAGUGGGUGCAGGGAGCUGAGUGUGUAAAGGGCUUGGCUUGCUGCCCGGGGCACAAGGAGUGCAGAGUAGGGACCGUGGUGUCACAGCAGUUAGAGGCCCAGCUCAGGUCAGCACCGCUGCGUCCGGCCACUCUCCAGCAGUGUAGGCUGGAGCCAGUUUCCUUUGCUGUCACUUGGUAUCACCCUGUAGAGCUGUUCUGGGCUCUGAGAGCAGCUGGUGCACGCACACACUCUCAUACACAUGUAUACACUUGUACACACUCAAGUAUACACUCAUAUACAUGUAUACACUCAGAUACACACACCCAUAUACACAUAUACACAUGGACACGUGCAUACAUACUCAGACACACACACAUACAGGUACACAUUCAUACACGUGGACAUGUGCAUACAUACUCAGACACACACACACAUACAGGUACACACUCAUACACAUGUAUAUUCUCACCUACACUCAAUCACACACUCAUAUACACAUAUACACAUGGACACGUGCAUACAUACUCAGACACACACACAUACAGGUACACACUCAUACACAUGUAUACACUCAUAUACACACACCCACAUACACGUAUAUACAUGGACACGUGCAUACAUACUCAGACACACACACAUACAGGUACACACUCAUACACGUGUAUAUGCUCACCUACACUCAAUCACACACCCAUAUACACAUAUACACAUGGACACGUGCAUACAUAGACACACACACAUACAGGUACACACUCAUACAUGUGUAUAUUCUCACCUACACUCAAUCACACACCCAUAUACACAUAUACACAUGGACACGUGCAUACAUAUUCAGACACACACACACAUACAGGUACACACUCAAACACAUGGACACAGUCACACCUUCACACAGUCACAUACAUACAAUCACAUAACUCAUGUACACACAUACAGGGACACAGCCGUUCACUCGCAUACACACAUGGACAUAGUCACACACAUGCACACACACAUGCAUUCACAUACACUCACACCGCCAUGCAUGGACACAGUCACGCAUGGACAAAGUGCACACACUCAUAUACACACGUACAUACUCAGACACUUACACAUGUACACAAAUACACACUCAGGUACACACAUACAUGUACACACAAAUACGCAUGAGCAAUCUAACAACUCGCACACACACAGUCACAUAUGUGCACAUACACACCCAUACACAGUCACACAUGCACACAUGAACACAGUCACAACUCACAAUACACGGCUGGCGCCACAGCUCACUAGGCUAAUCCUCCGCCUUGCGGCACUGGCACAUCGGGUUCUAGUCCCGGUCAGGGUGCCGGAUUCUGUCCCGGUUGCCCCUCUUCCAGGCCAGCUCUCUGCUGUGGCCAGGGAGUGCAGUGGAGGAUGGCCCAAGUGCUUGGGCCCUGCACCCCAUGGGAGACCAGGAUAAACACCUGGCUCCUGCCUUCAGAUCAGCGCGGUGCACGGGCCGCAGCGCGCCGGCCACG